AUGGAAUGAUUGGCAUCACCCAUGGAUGUCCACAAGAAUCCCUUGCAGAAUGUGACAGAAGCUACCAUGUUUAUACUCUUGGGCUUCACAGAUGACGUUGAACUGCAGGUCUUCCUAUUUUUACUGUUUCUUGCUAUCUAUCUUUUCACUUUGAUAGGAAACUUUGGACUGGUGGUUUUAGUCAUUGGGGAUUCUCGAUUACACAAUCCCAUGUACUAUUUCCUCUGUGUUUUGUCUUUCUUGGAUGCCUGCUAUUCUACAGUUGUUACCCCCAAAAUGUUGGUCAACUUCCUGGAAGAAGAUAAAUCCAUCUCAUUCCUUGGCUGUGCAACACAGAUGCUUCUCUUUGUUACGUUAGGGACCACAGAAUGCUUUCUGUUGGCAGCAAUGGCUUAUGACCGCUAUGCAGCCAUCUACAACCCACUUCUGUAUGCAGUGAACAUGUCACCCAGAGUCUAUGUGACACUCAUUAUAGCUUCCUAUUCUGGCGGAGUUCUGCAUGGUACUAUACACACAGUGGCUACUUUCAGUCUGUCCUUCUGCAGAUCUAAUGAAAUCAGGCACGUCUUCUGUGAUAUUCCACCAUUGCUUGCUCUUUCUUGUUCCGACACACGCACCAAUGAGCUUCUACUCUUAUACUUGGUGGGCUUGAUUGAGAUCACUACCAUCCUGAUUGUUCUGAUCUCCUAUGGAUUCAUUCUCUUUGCCAUUCUGAACAUGCACUCUGCGGAGAGUAGAAGAAAAGUGUUCUCCACAUGUGGCUCCCACCUCACUGGAGUGUCUAUUUACCAUGGUACAAUCCUCUUUAGUUACAUGAGACCAAGUUCCAGCUAUGCGUCAAACCAUGACAUGGUAGUGUCAAUAUUUUACACCAUUGUGAUACCUAUGCUGAAUCCCAUCAUCUACAGUUUAAGGAAUAAAGAUGUAAAAGAGGCAAUGAAGAAAUUAUGGAGAAAAUUUGGUCUAUAA